AUGGCGAAGCACCCGAAAGUGGCACUGACGGGAAAUGAGGCGAUAGCUAACCUCCUAGGGGUUUUCAACGAUGCCCAGGGAUUCCUGAAGGGAAAGCGAGCCAGUGAAGCCCGAAGGCGGGAGACGCAGCAGUCCGCGGGGCGGCCGUCAGGCGGGGAAGCUUUUCCAACUCUCCAACUUCUAACAAUCAAGGUGUCUCGGUUCGAACGGCUGGCCAGCUUGGGAUUUUCCUCAACAUGCCGGACAUGCAGUCGCCAUCAUCUCGGCCCCGAAUCUAUCAGGGAAGAUUGGGAAAACAGGAGAAUCCGAAUAUCCAAAUUGCGAUCAUUAUCAGGCCAGAUUGGGCUUCCGUCUUCCCGGCCUUAUCUUAUUCUAACCAUGGAUGGACUAACUAGGGACUACUGCGCCCGCUACUCGCAUACUUCCUGUAACCCCUCGUUCGGAAAUCCAAUCGUUCUCGCAUGCGAUAUAGUGCCUAUAUUGCGAUUGGAUGAAUUGCAGAGUGGAUCCCGCAUACUCUAUCCUCGUGCCGACGUCCACGGACCUCGACUGUCGAUGGGAGUGCGCGUUCCUAGGCAGAUAACACGGACCUCUCGCGCUUUCAGAGGCGGAAGACUAUUCGGUGGUUGGACGCAUGGGCACUAUCGGCACGGUCAGAUAUAG